CAGACAAAUAUAAUCACAAUAAAUUCGUAAGUUAUAACAAUUAUUUUUAACAAUUUGACUCGGGAAUGGUAUUGCCAUAGAACAUAUGAAAUAUAUUCAUAUAUUCUGUGAUAUUGCCUCUGCAGUCUGAUCACAGUUCUGUGUAAUCUCCUCAGAAUACACAUGUGAUUUGGACGGGUGUGGUGGUCAAACAUUCCGACCACAACAAACACAAAGAGAGAGCAGAUGACGGCAAUUUGGUAGUCCUCCGAUCCAAUGAGCUUACACAAGUAGACACGUUGGUAAAACGAGUUUACACUACCCGUUCGAAUAAAUCCCGUUUCCAGUAACGUCGAAGAAGUUUGGAAUUAUAAAAAGUGGUCUUACAACACAUUCUGAGUACUCAACCGAAAAACGGACGAUUGGCGCGUGACAAUCGCGGCCUAUUUUUCAUGCUAUAAUAAUUUUAAUUUUACCUAAUUAAAGCGAUUAUACGACGGCGGUAGAAAGAUAUCACGGCUCUUGACGCUUUUAUCGUGUUGUGUGGUGCGAUAAAUAUUUUGAACCUAACGAUUAAAGCGAAGAAAGUAAAAUUAUGUUAAAUUUAUUAGAAUCAUAUUGAAGUAUAACGAAUGCCUGUAUAAAAAUGCCCGUGAUAUUAGAUAAACGUCAAACUAUUAAAGAUAUUUUGUCCUCUAAUGAUGCAUUUAGUUUAUCCGAUGAAUAUUCCUCUGCGGACGAAUCCGAUUCAUUUGAUGAUUCAAAAUAUAAAUUGAAUGAUCGACAAAAGCUUAUUGUGGAGUGGAUGGUUAACUGCGAAAGAGAAAAGCCUCAUGGCGGUAUUAUAGCCACUGAUACGAGUUUUGUAAACGAUAAACUCGCAAUAAUAAUGGGUUUAUUUUUCAAGUCGAAGCCACAUUAUUUAGAUGAGACUAUGCCCGAUGAAGACAUUGAUUCGGACGGAAAUACUUUAGAAAAGGGUUGUACUUUAAUUUUGUGCUGUAAAUCGAGUUGGAGUCAGUGGGUCAGAUGUAUCAAGAAUACAAUAUCCUCUGAUGUACUAAACGUGUGCAUACACUACGGAAAACAUCGAGAUGUGUCGUUUGAAAAUUUAAGUCAAAGAGACAUUGUGAUAACAACAGUUGGAAUAGCUCGAUUAGGUUUCGGCCAAAAAAACAAAAACCCUUUGUUUAAUAUAAAAUGGGAUCGUAUAAUAUUAGACGAUUCAAAUUGUACACAUUAUGAUUAUAAACUGCAGACAUCCAGAGCUAUAUGUCAGUUAAAAGGAGUUUGUCAUUGGGCAUUUAUUGGUUCAAAUAAUAUUGACGAUAUUGAUGUUAAAUACACAUUUAGUUUAAUCAAAUUCAUAAAUUAUGAACGUUUUUACAAUUUUGAAAUAUGGAAAAAAUGGCUUGAAAAUAAUCCAACAGUACUGAUGAAAGAUAUGUUUUCCUAUAUUGUCUAUAGUGAAAAAAUGUGUUAAGAAUAUAAACUAUAUGGGUUAUAUGCUAAAUGUUAUUGAAUUUAAAUUGUUCGUAAAUUAUACAUUAUAUAUUUCAACGAUUAUACUCGAUUAGUCAAAAUAUGUGUUUAAGAAUAAUUUAUUUUUAUUUUUGUGUUUCUUUG